GGUGAACCUGGACAAGAUGGCAGUGAUGGUCAACCAGGACCACCAGGACAGUUAGGGGACAUAGGGGACCCUGGAACAUCUGGACAAAAUGGUCUGCCUGGUGCACCAGGUCUUCGUGGUGUGAAGGGUGACAUGGGAUCACAAGGAGAGCGUGGUGACAGAGGAGAAACUGGAGAGGGUGGAGAACAAGGUCCAUCAGGUGAAGUAGGAAGGGAUGGACAAGACGGAGUAAAGGGAGAUCAAGGAUCUCGAGGAAACCCAGGAGAACUGGGGGCACCUGGUGAAAGAGGUCCCACAGGACCAGUAGGAGCAAGUGGACCUGAGGGUGCUGCAGGUUCUCCUGGUCCGAGUGGUAACAGUGGAUCACCAGGUGCUUUAGGGGCUAAAGGAAAUCGUGGCUUGAUGGGCAGAGCAGGUCCCAGGGGAGGCAGAGGAAGUCCAGGAGCUGAGGGUGCGAAAGGACCAGGUGGAGAGCCAGGAAAUCCAGGCAAAAAUGGUGCCCCAGGAGAGCCAGGUUUUAAAGGAGAACAGGGUGCAAUGGGUCCUACAGGACCUGUUGGCCCUAUUGGAAAUGCUGGACCAGAUGGGCUUACUGGCAUUCCCGGUGAACGUGGUAGGCGUGGAGAACAGGGAGCUCCUGGAGUACCUGGAAGAAGAGGACUGGAAGGAGCCAAAGGACAAUUGGGUAGCGCUGGAACUGCAGGUCCACCUGGACAACCUGGGCCUCAAGGAAAACGGGGAUCACCAGGAAAAACAGGACUACCAGGAGGACUUGGUUCCCCAGGUCCAAUAGGUCCUUCUGGAAAUCGAGGCUAUUCUGGUGCAGAGGGAAGGCAAGGAGUGAAGGGUGACAGUGGUAGAAAUGGAGAGAAUGGACGGGAUGGAGGAAAAGGAGAACAGGGAUCGCAAGGGGAACCUGGUAAUCCAGGCCGAUCAGGACCUCGGGGAGACACAGGUGCUGCAGGAAAACCAGGAAAGUCAGGCUCUCAAGGAAUUCCGGGUGUUGAUGGAGAGGAUGGUACCCCUGGAAUACCUGGGGUCCCUGGCCCUCAAGGAGCACCAGGAACACCAGGUUUCUCUGGUCCUAAAGGAGCAGUGGGUAAUGCUGGAAGAGAUGGAAGCAUAGGAGAACGAGGAGCAGAUGGUCUUAAGGGUGAACAAGGUGCCACAGGAGAGUUUGGUAAAUCAGGCACACCAGGACUGGCGGGUCGACAAGGUUUCAGAGGAGACCCUGGUGCUCAAGGAAGCAUGGGAGCAACGGGACCGCCUGGUAUCCAAGGACUCCCCGGUGCAUCUGGUAAACUAGGAAAUCCAGGAUUCCCUGGGACGCGAGGCAAAGAUGGCUCACCAGGGUUACAGGGUGAACGUGGACCAAGGGGAGAGCAGGGUCCCAUUGGAGCCCAGGGAGCUGCUGGCCGUGAAGGCGAGAAUGGAUUACCUGGAUCGGAUGGUCUGCCGGGAGACAGAGGAGCCAUAGGGGCCUCUGGUGGAUCAGGUCCUGAAGGGGGACCGGGUUUGCCAGGUCUGCCCGGUCGAGCAGGAUUUACUGGAACUAAGGGUGACUAUGGAGAGAAAGGCAACCAAGGUUCUGCUGGAGAACCUGGCAGAGAUGGUGAACCGGGCGGUGAUGGUGCCCCAGGAGCUGUUGGUCAACCAGGUUUGCCAGGACCUAAGGGCACAGACGGAACACCAGGAGUCCCAGGAAGACGAGGAGAUCGUGGAGCCACGGGAGGCCGCGGAUCAGUUGGUGCCCCUGGAAGUCCAGGAAUUCCUGGAUCCCCGGGACCAACUGGCCCUCAAGGACUUAUUGGAUUAAAAGGAAAUGCAGGCGAAAAGGGUUCGAAAGGCGAGUCAGGCUCAUUUGGAUCAAAAGGAGAACCAGGGGACUUGGGAACUGUGGGAAUUCUUGGCGCCAAAGGAAAUCCUGGAUCUCCAGGAGCUUCUGGUAACAGAGGAGCCACAGGGUCACAAGGGCGACCUGGAUCGCAGGGCCCACCGGGACCACCUGGCAAUAGUGGUUUGACAGGACAACCAGGAAUCCCAGGAACUAAGGGCUCGCGUGGCGUUAGUGGUAAACCAGGAGUUCCAGGCUUACCAGGAAGACCGGGAAUACCUGGACGUGACGGCCUACGGGGAUUAUCUGGAACCGAUGGAAGACCUGGUUCAGCCGGUCCAAUUGGAGGGCGUGGGCCCAAGGGAGACGUAGGACCUCAGGGCCUAGUUGGCAUUCCAGGAAGGCGAGGAAGAUUCGGUCCUCCUGGAGCAAAGGGCGUAAAAGGAGAAGCCGGCUUUGAUGGGAGCCCUGGCGAGGGUGGACGGGAAGGUUAUCCUGGAGCUCGCGGACCCUCUGGAGAGAAAGGCGCAAAUGGAUCACCGGGUACACCGGGAGCAAACGGUGAAAAUGGGCAGGAUGGUAUUGGGGGUACAGAGGGUGCUCCUGGUAACCGGGGAUCCCCCGGCGUGGACGGAACUGUGGGAGUUCCUGGACCAAUGGGAUCUGCUGGUGCAAAGGGACCACAAGGUCCCCAAGGAGAUAACGGCGACCCUGGUAGAAACGGCAACUUCGGACAAGUUGGCAAACCAGGAAAUAAUGGACCACGCGGUUACAGAGGUGACACGGGAGAAAACGGUCUAAUUGGAACACAGGGUGACCCAGGAUAUACCGGUGAAGUUGGCAGGACAGGUCCUCCCGGAAUCGACGGAGAGGAUGGCCUUGAAGGAAGGAACGGAAGUACGGGACCUGAAGGACCAAAGGGUGGCAUGGGAGCCGCAGGCCCUCCUGGUCAACCGGGAGUUCAAGGACCAGAGGGAACUGGUGGAGCUCAGGGAGAUCCCGGCACACAGGGUGAACGUGGAGAACCGGGCAGAGACGGUCUACCUGGACCUCCAGGUAUAGCCGGUCCCAGAGGGCCAAUGGGACCACCAGGACAGAGUUUGGCAGAAGCGCUUUCUGAAAUGAACACUGGUGAAAAAGGACCUCCCCCAUACAGAUUGUACUCCAGCCAAGGAUCUGGAAAAUCACAGGAUUCAAAUAAUGACAUUGGUGCCCAACUCUUCAAGACAGUGGAUAUCGAAUUCAUGAUAUCGCUUCUGGACAGAAAAAUUCAAACUUUCCGAGUACAGAAUGGGGACCUGGAACAUCCUGCCCGAUCAUGCCGAGAAAUCAAACUAGAUCAUCCUGAAUCUAAGAGCGGUGAGUACACGAUCGAUCCCAACGAAGGCUGCAGUAGUGACGCUGUCAAAGUUUAUUGCGAUUUCGAGAAGAACGCUACCUGCGUUAACCCCAAAAAGACCAAGAUUGUUGUCGACGCCAAUGAAACCGGUCCAGGACAAUGGACAAACGAGGAUGAACCGAUCGAAUACAAACUAAACUCAGUGCAAAUGACAUACUUGCGACUUCUGAGCAAGAGCGCUUUCCAAGAGAUGAGCUACAGUUGCGCAAACUCACACAAGAGCUGCAUGGUGGAUCUUAAAGGCGAUAAUGAAAUGGUGGUCAAUAACUUGGAGAAGAUAGACCUUGAUGUUACAGAGACGUCUGAUAAUGGAAAUAAAAAAAUGAAGAUUGAAGUCUCGACCGCGCAGCAGAAUAACCUGCCGAUAGUGGACUGGGCACCACAAAGCAGCGUCGACUCCAAGCUCACUUUUGAAAUAGGACCAGUUUGUUUUAAGUAUUAGACAUGUGCGGAGUCAAACAAGAGAAGAACACCAUCUGUAUUGUACAUUGACAAUUUUUCUGCCUAAUAUAUUAGCUAAGGAACAAUUGAAGAUCGUGUGAAAGCUUGUAGGAGAUCUGAAUAAAGCACGCGGUUGACUGGACGUUACUGAAAUGCUGUUGAUUCUGUUUUGUUUGUUACAGUAGCUAGUCUUAAAAAUUGUAAUUUUGACAUGGAGUUAUUUUGUCUUACGCCGCGUUCAAAAUAUUUUAUUAUGAAAAUAAACUGUAAGUUUAUAUUC